AUGGGGGACUCCCCGACAGCAUUUCUCCUCGUCUUCUCUGAGCCUGGUCCUGAUGUCUCUGAGAAAGAGUAUCGUGACUGGUACGAUAACGAGCACAUCCCCCUCCGUGUAAACACGCCCACUUUUUUAAAUUGGACACGUUGGACGGCGGUCGACGGGAUGAAGCCGACUUACGGUGCUUCUUACGACCUCGAGUCCUACGCGGCGACCAAGAAGCCGCCGUAUACCACGUUGGCAGAGACACGGAGCGGGAGAGAGAAGGACAUCCUCAGGAGAAUCCAAAUGCUCGACCGGAGACAUUACGAGUUGAUGGAGCGCCCUACUCACCCGUCCUCCGUGCUAUAUGACGAGACACGACCAGCACCAUACGUCGUUUUCGUGUCGUUGGAGAUGAAGCCAGAGUACGAAGACGAGUUCAGCAGGUGGUAUGAAGAAGAGCACAUCCCGUUGCUCGCCAAGGUGCCUGGUUGGAUCAGGAGCCGGAGGUUCGUGCUAAAAGACUGGGGCCAGAUGGGAGUGGAGGGGCAGAUAGAACAGAAGCAGCCACCGAAGUACUUGGCGACGCACGAGUGGGAAUCGCUCGAUGGGUUUCAAAGCGAGGAAUACAAGACAGCUAUGGGGACAUCCUGGAGGAAGAACGUGCUUGAGGGCUUGCUGUCAAAGGAGAGAAGAGUGAUGGCCUUUCUGAGAAAAUGGGACAGGCCGGUCGGACGUCUGUGA